AUGCAAACAUCUUUCACCGCAAUUCUCAGCCUAUUCUUGGUUGCAAACACACUAGCUGCGCCAGUCGACAAUGCAGCGAUCUCCAAACCCACCAUCAAGCGCGAUACUGAACCCUUUAAUGUGGUGAAGCGCGAUACUGAGCCCUUCAACGUUGUCAAGAGGGAUUCUGAGCCAUUCAACGUUGUGCGCGACACUGAGCCCUUCAACGUUGUCCGCGAUACAGAGCCAUUCAACGUGCGUGAGACAGAGCCAUUCAACGUCGUCAAGCGGGACUCUGAGCCUUUCAACGUUGUGCGGGAUACUGAACCGUUUAACGUUGUGCGGGAUACUGAACCCUUCAACGUUGUAAAGCGAGACUCUGAGCCUUUCAAUGUUGUGCGCGAUACUGAGCCUUUCAACGUCGUCAAGCGCGAGACAGAGCCAUUCAACGUUGUGAAGCGGAAGGAGAAUUUCGCGCCGUUCAAUGUUGUGAAGCGUGACUCUGAACCUUUCAAUGUCGUUAAGCGAAGUGGUAGCUAUCCCGAGCCGUUCGCUGUUGUCUAA